CAUGAUCAGCAAAAAAAAAGCUGGCAUCAAGGAAAAUUUUUCUUGUCAACGAUAUGAGGCCAAUAUCAUGGUUAUCUAUAAACUUUAUCAUCCUGUCAUUCAUAGCCCUAUGUCCUAGUGUGCACAAUACUGACAAUGGAGUUGUGGUUGUUAAACGCGAGCAAGAUCCCACUAACGAACACGCAAAGCCUGAUCGAUUUGGUUAUGAUUACACAUGGACAGACUGUAGAACUAGGUACAAAGCCAAUUUACGUUCACAAGGGUUCUGUCAAUGCCCGAGUGAAAAAAGCACAUAUUUCUACUUCAACGACCAAUGCAAUGCCAAUGUGGACAUCGAAAAUUUGAUCUCUCACGCUCAAGUUUGUUUUGGAGGUUUUUUAGAAUUCAAACACCAAUCAAGAGACAGUCCAUAUCCUGUGUUUGAUCUAACAGAUACUCCACCGUCGGAGGACGUGAAUUUUAAAAACGUCAAAACCUUCCAUGGUCAGUGUAGAAGCAUACAUGUGUUUUACUUUGACGAUUCAAGAGGAAAGUUGCUCGAAACAACGAAUUUUGUGAACAUUUUUUCUCUUAAAAAGGAAAAGCAGUUUGUACAUCUAGACUGGCAUCCAUUAUCCGAAUCCAUUUUAGACGGAAGGCUUAUCAUCAUUGAAUUCACAAACUGUACAAUAGAGUUUUGGGAGUCCCCCGCGUCAUCUGUCAGUAACCCUUGCAUUAUUUUCAAGGCUCAAGGGAGUUUAACAUUUUCUGCAAUUGACUUAUCAACUAAAACUGCAGUACCAAGUAGCUCUACAAAAUCACCUCUUUAUUCAGCUAGUCCUUCUUCCUCUAUCUUUUCUGGUUCGCCGCACUCGACAUUAUCAACGCCACCAUCGACAUGGCUAAAAGUACCAACACAAACACAAACACCAUCAGCAACACCAUCACCAUCACCAUCAUCAACGUCAACACUACAGAGCACAUCAACCGUUCUUCUUGGAAUUCUUCCAAUAAAACCAACCAUGUCCCCAAACCCAACCAGUAGUAAAAGCCCCGAGGCCGUCAAGAAUGUUUCUUCCCAUACUGGAGCCAUCGUGGGGUCCGUCAUUGCUGUAAUUGCAGUUUUACUCGUAGUUGUCUUCGUAGUCUUAAUUUGCCGAAGACGGAAACAAAAAACCUGGCGCAGAGAAACAGGAACCCAACAUUCUAAAGAUGAUCCUCGUUCCAAUGGCAGUCAAACAUCCAAUCGGAACGGAGCAGAAGAAAUGUGCAUGAACACAAUUCCAGACUUACCAAACGACCCAGCAAAUGCGGCAAAUAUCUCAACAAAUGUACACGGAAAUUCACAGAAAGUUGAGUUACAAGUACCAGAGCUAUACGAGUCGAUGAAAGGUGCAUGUCUAUUUACCAACCGUUUAAAAAUAAAGUUUGAGCACUGAAUACCGUGAUACCGUUCUCGUACCCAGAACUUCUCAGUUUUCCGGAAAAUCGAAGGCACUGGUUGGAAAUGACGGAAAUGACUAAAUAUUUGCUUAAAAAUUCCCAUGCUUCAUAUCAUUAUGCAACCCAGAUUCUUGAUCUUCUGGUAUCAGACACUGGA